GGUUAAAAUGUAAACUUUCUUGCAGAAAGCCCUGAAGGUGUGCCGGUCGGCUUUGUUCAGACAGUAUUUCCGGACAUGUUUUUGCAUUAAAAGACAGGUGAACAAUGCAUGAGUGUUAUAUUUAUUUGUAUUAUAUUAUUUUAUCUACUUUGGUAGCUUAACGCCUCCUUGUCGCCUCUCUGCUCGGUUCCAAAGUACAACUAACAUCAGGUUAACAGGUUUAUGUGAGAGUCUACUGGGUCAAAGGUGUUUUGUUUUUUUACUGGACAGCUGACACCUUGAUCCUGCUGCAGUUUUAAUCCUCCUGCAUGUUUGCAGCUGGAUUUAAACAUUGCUUUUUAACACCUGUUUUCUGCAAGAAGCAACAUGAGUGGAAGAGUAGAAACAACCAAGGAAACGUCCUCCAUGGGUUCACUUCCCACCCAGGAUAACGUCACAGAACAACACAAGAGGAAGAAAGUCAUUAACGUCGUUUACAUCAUCACUGCUUUGGAUAUAACAUGGAUGUUUUUACAGUUUUCUGUCACCCCUUAUUUGGCAAGGAAACUUGGCUUCAACACCUUGUGGUUUGGUUAUUUACAAACCACGGUUGGUGUAAUCCAGCUGCUUGGGGGUCCGAUGUUUGGAAGGUUUGCAGAUAUUUUUGGAGCUCGAGCAGCUUUGUCUCUGGCGUGUUCUUCCACAGUUGUUUUCUUUCUGCUGCUGGCCAUAGCAGAGAAUCCAGCCAUGCUGUUCAUCCACAAACUCCCAACAAUCUUUAUGCACACUAUAACUGCGUCUCAGAUGGUUGUUACAGACCUUUCAGAACCUGAGAAACGAGCAGAUGCAUUAUCCAAACUAGGUCUGUGUUUUGGCAUCGGUAUGAUAGCUGGCUCCACAUUGGGCGGCCAUCUUAACACACGCUUUGGGGAGACAUUUACUGCAUGUGUUGGUGCUGUCGGGAGUGCCUUCAGUUUACUGUUGGUUUUAAAGUAUAUCCCAAAAACGACCAAAUCUCAAGCUUCAACAACCAACAAAGACGGUGAGAACAAAAGCAAGUCAGUAUUCAACGUGGGAGAGAUCACCAGACUGCUGAAGUUUCCUGGUGUGAAGCGGACUUUCGUUGUGAAGAUAGUUGCAGGUUUGCCGUCAGGCAUUUUUCAAGUGAUGUUCUCCGUCAUUGCGUUGGACUUCUUCAAGCUGAAACCUGAACAGAAUGGAUAUCUGAUGGCUUACUUUGGCAUUGCCUCAAUGGUUAUUCAGGGAGGAGUGGUCGGUCGACUUACAGCGAGAUACUCCGAGAACUCGCUGCUGCUUCUGUCCAUCGCCGUUUCUUCUUUUGUGGGACUGGCUCAGGCUUACAUGCAGGAUGUGUUCCAGUUCUGCCUCACCGUCGUCCCCAUGAUGUUUUCUCUCAGUGUGUUUAAUGUCAUCACAGACAGCAUGCUCACCAAGAGCGUACCGUCCUCCGACACAGGCACGAUGAUGGGACUUUGUGCAUCCGUCCAAUCUCUGCUUCGCACAGUCGGGCCGACUGUUGGCGGCUUCAUGUAUGUGAACUACGGCAUCUCCUCUAUAGGCUUAAUCCAGUUUGUCGUGAACAUCGCGGUGUUUGUGCACCUGCUGCAGCGUCACCUCAGGAUGGCAGCCGAGCAUCAGGAAUGAAAUCUCCAAUUUGUCCACAAACUAUUAGAGUUAAUGGAAAUUCAAUUUUAGAUUUUAUGAACAAUCUGCUCCCAAUGUGAAUGUUUAUAAGUCAUCCUGUCAGUCAUUUACAUGACAUGGUCCAACCUUUACACCUCUUCAUCAUUCAGAUGUUGUUGCUGUUUAAUCUGUGGUGGGGAUUCAGAACUGAACCACUAGAUGGAAGCACAUCCUCCAUUUUACCAGAUGAUACUUUUAUUUUCCAGGGUUCUAUUGAGAUUUAUCUAAACGUCAUUGAAAAGUGAUUAAUUAACAGACCAAUCAACAUCUCUGCUAAGUGAAUAUAGUUAUAUCAUAGCAAUUUAUAAUGAAAGUUUAUUUUCUUAUUUGUCACUGUUUUUCAAAUCUUUUAUAAAAUGAUUUUAUUUUUGUACAUUAAUUCAUCUAAAGGCAGUGAAGUAUUUCAGACAUCCCUCGGCAUUGAAUAGUGUGAAUCUGUGGCAGAAAUAACUGUAAUUGAUACAGUAUAUAAAUAUAAUGAAGAUUUUAUGAAUAUUUCCUUUCCCAUUAUUCAUCUAAUGUCCAUUCAAAUUCACCUUGUGACUCUUUGGAGGGGCCCGAGCCCCAGAUUUGGAACCAGUGAGCUAAAUUACCUGUCAAGUUGUUGAACUUCCUCCACCAACAGUAAAAUGCUACUCAGGCAUUAAUGCAUCAUAAUCUAAUAUAUAAUCUAUAAUGAUGUAUCAUUUACAGGGGGUAUUUUCUGCAGAAUAAAUACUUUUAUUUAAAUGCAAUAUUUAGUACUUUUAUAUUGUUAUAUUGAUAAUUUUACUUAAAUAA